CGCUCAGACUCUGAGAGGACAGAGGAGAGAUACGGGAGCUCACUGACAAGACGCACAGAGAGGGGAGAUAGACUAGCUCCCGGGCUCAGUUACACACUCCAGUAACUUCAAACCAGCAGGAACAAAGAGAGAGAACAGGAGAAGUCCAGUCUGGAUUCUGUCACUUUUCUUGGUUGGCCUGCCUUGCAUGGAUUUCUUGGGACAUUUUAUGAGAAGCAGCAUUAAUCUUUUUUUUUUUUAACUUCCAGAUUUUAUUUAUUCAUUUUGUACUGAGCAGUUUGUCAUCUUUUAUCCAGACCUCCUCCACCUCCCUGCACUGGAGGAGAUCAAUGGUUCGGGACAUGUGUGCGGAGCAGAUUUCAACAGUGUAUAUGAAUGGGUUGUGUUUUUGUCUUUAGAUAUGAGAGUGUAGGUGUACUUUCAAACUUUUAAAAAGGGAUUUUAAGUGAGUGAGUGUGAGUAACCAGGAGCAGAGAGCAGCAGUCGUUGGAGGAGAAGGAGGAGGUGGUGAGAGGUCUUUGAGGCGAACCCCAAGUUGUUCCCGUGGCGAGGUGAUCUGAGUUAUGGAUGUUGACGCAUUCCUGCGGCGCUUCUGAGGAAUAAACAGCAACGGAGACUACAGCAGAGCCAGCCACAAAGCUGAAGGCUGCAUCACCAUCUCCAAUAAUUUUACCGAUAAAGCCACAUCACGUCUACCGCAGUCAUUCUACCGGUUUUUAAACCUACAGUCCCAGUAAGGUUGGGGGUCCCGGGGCAGAGGAGGUGUAGGCGGUCGGUCAGGGGGAGUUUCUCCCACUCUCGCUCCCUUUCCCUGCACCCAGCUCAGCAUGCCCCAGCCCCUGAGCACCUCCACAGCUCUCCCAGCUCCACUACCAUGUGUAGAUGGACAGUGACACAAGGUGCACCGCACGCCUGGUCCUCCACCUGCCCCUGCUACAGACCCCCCACUCUCAUCCUCUCCUUCACCUUCCUAAUCCUGCUUCUCCUGCUCGGUACCUCUUCCUCCGCACCCCUGUCCGCUUCAUCAUCAGACUCUGAGAAGCACCACAAUGCAGCGAGAGGGGCUCCUCCUCACAUCUUCAUCUCACAAGAGCCACCUUCCUCGUCACCCUCACCGCUGCACGCAUCCUCUGCGAGGUUGCCCCGGGCGACCAAUGUGUCAUCGUCCUCCGCGACAGUCAUCGGGCGCCACGCGCGGAGCAGCUACAACCAUCUUCAAGGGGACGUGCGCAGAAGGAAACUGUUCUCCUUCCAGAAAUUCUUCCUCCGCAUUGACAGAAAAGGAAAAGUUAAUGGCACCAAAAGUGAGGACGACCCAUACAGUAUGCUGGAGAUCAAGUCAGUGGAUGUGGGAGUCGUGGCCAUCAGGGGCCUCAGCAGCAACUACUACCUGGCAAUCAGCAAGAAGGGAGAGCUAUACGGAGCGAGGGACUAUGGUCCAGACUGCCGUCUAAUUGAACGCAUCGAGGAGAACAAGUACAACACCUACGCUUCGGCAGUGUGGCGCAACAAGAAGAAGCACAUGUUUGUGGGACUGAACGCCAACGGCAAGCCAAUGAGAGGGAAGAAAACACGGAGGAAAAACACUGCCACUCACUUCCUGCCCAUUGUGGUACAACCACGAUGAUUGGACAUAUCAGCCAUGAGAGAGCUCUGCACACUGCAGUGAUCAGACUUUUCUGGAGUUACAUCGAUGGCUACAUUGGACAGAUCUGAAUCAGAUCUGAAUGAUGCACUGAGGAGGGAACGAGCGGAAACAUAUGGACAUUUUAUCUCUGUUGGAAAAAGACAUUUCUAUUUUUAAAGAAAGAAAUAAGAUAUAUUGCUAUACAAUGUAUAUAUUAUUUUCUGUUUUAAGUUAUCAAGUACAUUGGCACAGUAGAAAAUAUGAAAGAAAUGACUUCUGUGCCAAAAUUGGAUUAGUAACUCACAUUUCUCGAUUUGUGUCUAUGUGAAAUGCUUGACUGGGAAGAAGUAAAAUGACUAAAUAUGUAAGAGAGGAAAAGUAAAGAAGUAUUAAAGGAAAGCUGACGGCAAAGGAAAGGAUAAGAAAGGAAGAAAUGAUGAGAUGAGGAUGAGAAAGAAUAGGAGGGGAAAAGCACCAACACAACAGCAAGUCUAACACUAUCAUGUUCUUUUCUUUACAUUUAUUUAUUUAGUGUAAUAUUUAACAAAAAAAGAUCAAAAACACAAUAAUGACAAAUUAUUGUCUUUUUUACCAUUUAUGCUUCUCUUUUUGAAUUACUAAUCAUUUAAACCUGAAUAAAUAUAAAAAUAUAUUUGUCUUUAA